AUGGUGAAUUGGAUACCUCCCGGCAUUUUUCGAAUAUCGUGUCGAAUCGCCGUGGCAUGGUUCCCAUUCGAUGUACAGGAAUGCUUUCUCAAGGUGAAUCUUUACUUUUAA